AUGACGGAGGAGCUCCAGACCUGCGACUUAACCUGCUCGUCCACAUCCAGUGACCCAGAGGAAGCUUUAAAGGCGGUAAAAAGCCGAAUCAUGGAGUGUGAGCAGCCCAUUUUCUCCGCGCUGGGCGGCGGUAUGAAGCCCCAGAGGGCGGAGGGACACUCAGCGGUGCCAAACACCUGCGGAGGAGCGACUUCACCGACCGCGACCACCUCCGACAACGAGUCCGGGAUCUUCUCCGUGGAGAGCGAGCAGUGCGUGGAGCAUGAGGCCGAGCUGGACUGGUUCUGUGGCACCGAACAGAAGCUCAUCUGUUCCCACUGCGCCAUAGUGGGCUCUUGCCACGCACACACCGUGACCCCUGUGGCCACCAGAGUCACCGCAGUCCGGAACCAGCUGGUGGAUGUGUGUGAGAAAAUGCAGCUGCAGGCACUGAGGAUUGAAAGGUUUAUCGAGCAGACGCUGACAGCCAAAGAGCAGAAUCUUCAGGCGUCGGCUAACCGGGCCAGGGAGCAGGUUCUGGCUCAGGUCGGCGCUGCUCGUGAAGCCCUGGAGGAGGAGGAGCAGCGUCUCCUGGAGGAGGUGCAGCGGGAGGAGGAGCGGGUGGAGCAGUGCCUCCUCACCCAGAGAGCCCACUGGAACCAGGCCCUGUCCACUCUGUCGCAAACACGCUCCCGCUUGGUGCACACACUGACGCACACUCCAGACGCACAGCUGGUGACCAGCGUCCAGGAAAUCGCCGAUAGGGUGGAGGAAGCAGAGGGGGUCGGGGAGCCUUGUGACACAAACAUACUCAACCUGAACCCAAACUGCAGUGACAGCAAACUGCUGAGAGGUCUGUGGGCUGCUGCGCUACUGCUGGGGCCCAACGCUUAUGGAUCAUCUUAUUUAAAGUUUGAUGAGCGCACAGUGAGUCCUCACCUCUCCCUGUCUGAAGACUUCUGCACUUUGACCUUCCUCCGCAAAAAACCUCGCCAGCCUCAGCCCUACGACCCGGCACGCUUCGACCACUGGCCCAACGCCCUCGGCUCUGUGUCCAUGUCCUCUGGCACCCACAGCUGGGUGGUGGACGUCGGCCAGAGCGCUGCCUUUAAGGUGGGGGUCUGCUACGCCUCGCUGGAGCGCAAAGGCUCCGGGAACGAGGCUCGGCUGGGCUACAACAGUGAGUCCUGGGUGCUGUCCCACUACGACGGUGACUACUCGUUCUGCCACGCGGGGAAGAAGGUGCCGCUGCAGGUGGUGAAGAAGCCGCAGAGGAUCGGCCUGCUGCUCGACUGGACGACUCAGACGCUGAUGUUCUACGAGCCAGACUCGUGCGCUGUGCUGUAUUCAUUCACAGAGCAGUUCAGUGCACCGCUGCUGCCAGCGUGUGCUGUGACUCAUCAAAGUAUCACCAUCCUGCACUGACAGACCGCAGCCACAAACACUAAAUGAACUUAAACAUGUGAAGAAACAAAAAAAGGACUUUGUCUAAUGUAAAGCAGCAGUUACACUGUAGCUGCGCCAUCUGUGCAAUAAUGACAACUCCACAUCACUUUCUAUUUAUCCACUUUUCUUAUCGUAGUUGCUGAUUGUUUUUACCUGUUUGUAAUAAUUUAAUAGGUUUAAAUUCAUUUAUCUGUUGAUCAUUUUAUACAGUAGUAUUUUGACUGACAAGUGUUUUUAUUACCAAGAAGAUUUUUCUAUGUGUUUCCAGUGUAGAGUUGUUUAGAUCAGUUGAAUCUUCCACAAAACUUUGGAAAACAUUAUUACACUGGUUGAGCCAGGUUUGUUUUAAAUGUCAUGUGGCAAAAAGAGUCUGUAAUCAGUUUGUAUUUUUUAUAAUUUUGUAUGUUAUAUGCUGAGUAAAGCAGUUACUACA